UUGCAGGACGUUGCGUAUCCUAUAGCUGCCAGGCAAGGGACAGAAGUUCGCGCUUUCAACUUGCUAUCAUUACCAUGCCCCAGAUAGCCCCGUGGGGCGCGUGCGGUGACGUAAUAUCGCGAUCGGUGUACGUUUCCAACGUGGAAGCUUCCAAGUUUAUUGCCCCUCAAGUGACGCCGUUCUCUCGCACAUAUGGUUCGCACACACUGGCGCUUAUCCAUCCUUCAUACUUCAGGAGCAGUAACCGGUCCGCGCGGUCCUCUAUUGCACCUUGCGAUAUUUCAUCAUGUGAUGAUGACUGGCUGAAAAGAGACACAGACGGCUUGAAUAUAUAAUAUGUUCAACAAUCAUAACGGCGCCCUUUGUUCCUCCUAUCUGGUUUAAUCCACCCAAGAGCUUCGCAAAAGCGAAAAAUGGCAGUACCAACCAAUCGUAGGGCAAUUUUGCUCGCUAUUUUCAUUGCUUUCGGAGGAUUUUUAUUUGGCUACGACAUCGGUGUGAUCUCGGGAUGUUUGAUUAUGCCAGACUUCCAGCGUCGGUUCGGCCAGAUAGGAUCAGAUGGGCAACCUUACCUAUCUAGCUCACAACAAUCCAUAAUCACUUCUCUAUUAUCUGCAGGGUACGCUGUGACUUUGCUUAUACCUGCUUUUACGUCGGAUAGCAUUGGCCGUAGAGGCUCGAUUCUGUUCUGGUCAGGUAUCUUCACCAUUGGUGUCGCUAUCCAGACAGGCACGACAUAUUCUAUCGUGCAAAUCACUAUUGGUCGAUUCAUAGCUGGUCUCGGAGUGGGAGCUCUAUCUGCUAUUGUACCUCUAUAUAAUGGUGAAACCGCUCCGAAAGCUAUCCGUGGCAUGAUGUUAGUGCUGUAUCAAGUGCAAAUUAUCAUGGGGAUUUUUAUCAGCUAUGUCAUCGAUCUCGGGACUCAUUCUAUCCCGAAUUCGGCGUCAUGGCGUAUUCCUGUUGGGCUCCAGUUGGUGUGGGGCCUGAUCCUUCUCUCGGGAGUCUUCUUUUUACCUGAAUCUCCACGUCACUUACUAGGUACUGGAAAAGUAGAAGAAUGCAGACGAGUAAUUGCAGAAUUGAACAGCGUUCCGGUUGACGACCCUCUUGUAUACGACCUGGUGGAAGAACUUGAUAUGGCCAUCAAACUUGAGAACGAGGGUGGAAAGGCCACCUGGCUAGAAUGUUUCUCUACCCGCAAUGCUCUGUGGAAGCGAACGUUGAAUGGUAUGAUGUUACAAUUCAUCCAGCAACUCAAUGGACAGAACUUUUACUAUUACUAUGGCGAUACGUUCUUCCAAAGCGCAGGCACUCAGUUGUCCCCUUAUGUUAUUCAGACGAUCCUCGGUGCGGUUUCUGUAGCUGGCACGCUUCCUGCACUGUAUCUGAUCGAAACAUGGGGACGCCGACGAUCUCUCCUAUUGGGUGCAUUUUUGCAAGCGAUUUGCGCAAUCAUUGCUGGGCUUGUGGGGCAUUAUACACUCGCAGCGACUGGGACGCCAUUAUCAGAGCUUACACCACGCAAUAAAUCUGGAGGAGAUGUGCUCAUUGCCUUUGCAGUCUUGCAAGUAUUUUCGUAUUCAAUGUUUUGGGGACCGACCCCUUGGGUUUAUCUUGGAGAAUCUUUCCCAUUGCGUAUUCGCCCGAAAGCCAUUGCUUUGGGAAGUGCGACCAACUGGAUCUGGAACUUCCUGUUAUCGUUCUUUUCCCCACGGAUUUCUGCCAAGAUCGGCCCCCUUAUCCUGCUGAUAUUCUUUGGCAUGCUCAUAUUUGGGUUCUGUUAUGUGUAUGUGGCCAUUCCAGAGACCAAGGGUCUCAGUUUGGAAGAGGUCGACGAAAUGUACACCUCAGGGGUGAAGCCCUGGCAUUCAGCAGGCUGGAGACCGAGCGAAAAGCACCUCCACGACCAUGCAACUACCGACCAGAAAGAUGUACUACACGAGAGAAAUGAAAAGGCUUCAGAUGUCUAGAUGACGCAGAGAAAUUAUCGAUACUUGUCACUUAAUAGUGAAAGACACGAUUGUCAUGACCAAUAUAUCUUGAUAUGAA